GAGGAAAAACAGCGCGAAACCCGCGGACGGAGGAGAGACAUCCAGGCAAGCCGAGACCCACCCGCUCAAUCCGCCUCCAUCCUCCGCCCGAUGGCCGACACCAAGGAAACACUGGAGGAGCAUGAAACCUCUACUGACAACACAGAGGAUGCCAAUCACGACCCUCAAUUUGAACCUAUAGUUUCAUUGCCUGAGCAAGAGAUUAGGACACUUGAAGAGGAUGAAGAAGAAAUGUUUAAGAUGCGAGCAAAAUUGUUUCGAUUUGCAUCUGAAAAUGACCCGCCUGAGUGGAAAGAAAGGGGCACUGGGGAUGUUAAGUUGCUAAAACACCGGGAGAAGGGUACAAUUCGCCUUCUGAUGAGAAGAGAUAAAACUCUGAAGAUCUGUGCAAAUCACUAUGUUACACCUUCAAUGGAACUCAAGCCCAAUGCAGGAAGUGACAGAGCAUGGGUUUGGAACACAUAUGCAGAUUAUGCAGAUGAAGCUCCUAAACCAGAACUGCUUGCCAUUCGGUUUUUAAAUGCAGAGAAUGCUCAAAAGUUCAAGGCAAAGUUUGAAGAAUGCAAGAAUGAAAUUAAGGGGAAUGAAUCUAAAGAAGAGACCAAAAAUGAUAGUGCUGACAAAGUUGCAGAAAAACUAGAAGAUCUCUCUGUAAAGGACAAAGUGCAGGAGAAGGAAGUGGACACCAAGCAAGACAAGCAAGAGAAGGAAGUGGACACCAAGCAAGAAAAUGAAGAAAAGCAAUAAGUCAUCCAGAGCCUUGUACACUUAAAUUUUACAAGGACUUUAUAACCACGAAAAAAGAACUGAGUUCAAACGUUCAGGUUGUUUUUUCUAAGCUUUUGCCUCUCAGAAGAUUUCUUCAGAAAAAAAAUCCAUUCCCCAGUCAUGAAAAUGUACUGUGUUCACUUUCUUUUUCCAUAGUGGAAACACUUAUAUAUAGUCAUCCAAAUUAAUGAAUAAACCUGUUUGAAAAACGUGCAAAGGACACGACUGGAUUCUAUAAUAUUUACGCAUAUGUAUUCUAUAUCUGCUCGGGGUCAUGAGUGCAUAUGGAUGUGGUUAUACUAAGCUAUUCUUAGGUUGGUGUCAUUUUGAAUGAUUCAGAGGGAAUGUUUUUUUUUUGUUUUGUUUUUUGCCACUGGUAGGAUGACUCGUUAUGUUUGAAGAAUAAAUCUGAGCUGAGAAUAAAGUCUUGUAAAUUUUUCUAACAAGCUUUUAAUCCAUGUGCAGAGAAGUGGCAUGGACCCAUUUUUAAGGUCAAUGUUCUUACCUCCAAAUUCCUUGCCUAGCAGAAAUACCUUGAAAAAUAACAAUUAGUUGGUGCAGUUCUUACAUGGCACCUGUACUAAAAUGCAUAUCUGUAUUUUGCAACUGCUGCAUAGCUUCCAAUAAAUGUUUAAAAAAAACAAAAUAAAAAAAAA